AUGGCCGAGAUUCUCCCUGUACACCCUGUAGGAUGGGGUGGAAUGAAAAACCACUGGUGGCAAUUUUUCAUCAUUGGAGUGUUGCUCGCGUGUAUCAUCUCCGGGUGUGUAUAUAUUCUCUGGUCUGUGAUCAAGAGGAUUCAUAAAUAUUACAAGUCGAAACCACCCGCCGAUGUUAUACCUCUCAGGGCUUUGGAAUGUCUUGAAAAAUUAGCCCUCGAGGACUUCGGGCUUAUUGGUGGUCGAUCUGAAGGCCACAGGCCAUCGUCCUUUGGAGUAUACCUUGGAAGCUUCGACGACCCUUUAACAAAAUCCCAAGAGCGGCUUUUUAAGUGGGAUAUUUUAGUCCUGGAUCCAUUUCAACGCGGCGUGGUGGAAGCUAUUGGCAGACAACAAGUUUUCGCACUCGGCAGGCUCGAUCUCACACAGCUUAUCUCUCCGCAAGAUGAUACUAUGACAAUCAUUGAAAAGAUCAAGACUGCUUUGAACAUCAAGUUUCGUAAUACCGCAUUCUCUGGGGUGCUUUUUUCUAACUGGGAAGGCAUGUUUACUCUUUCCGUGGAGCAAAAACUAUUUGAAACCAUCGAUACUCUUGGUUUAGCGGUUUAUCUGGAAACACAGCCACCGGAAUUCUUGCAAAAUAGAAGUUCUCUGCAAAGCGGUGCAGUAUCAGGUCUGGUCAUUCAGAAUGCCAGUAUCUUGCCCUCGGGCGAGAAGCGUGACUAUUUUCAGAUGGCCAAUCUCCAACCAACCAUCAAGGCUUGUGUUUCCGAGGCUUGCAUGAGAAACUUUGUUGUCCUUCUCUGGGAAACAGUGAGCGAUGAUGUAUUUCUGUCCAAUGCUGUUGUUCGAAGGUCGCUUCAGUGGUCCAACUUCUACAGUGCGAUUCCAUUCAUAGGCACUGAGUCUGCUCUUCGACGUUCUGACUUGGCCGUACCAAUCAUCGAGCCACUUCCGGCUUUUGGUUGGUUGAAAGAAGCGGAGGUAAUGAAGACUCAUGAUAUUUGGCGGUCAAAUGUCGGCGUGAGUUCACCCUCCGAUGAUCAAACAGGCUGGGUCAUUCUUCAACUUCUCUUCCCUUCAAUCAAGGGGUUCCUUAAAUCCACCACCUCCGAACGAAAAUCCUCGGAGCCAACGUGGCCCAUUUCGGAUCCCCCAGACUGGCUCAUGCACGUGAAAUCACAUGGGAAUCCAUUAUCUGUUUCGACAUCUGGGCAAGAUUUCAAUUAUCUUGGCUGUUUCCCCUUGGGCUCAAAUCCAAACACACUUGACUUUACUGAAAUUCUCCAAUCACAGCAACGUUUGAAAAGUCUGGGUCUUCUUGAUCCCAUUCCCACCGCACAGAUCAAGAAGAUCGGAACAGAUCUUGGCAAAUUUCACGCGGCUCUUGCAAUCUCAAAUGAGGAUGCCCAGCUUGUCGCCUCCAUCAAACAAAUUUCUGAUCUGGCGUCUAAAAAUGGAUUGCGCGUGAAUUCUGCAUUGGAUUCGGGUCUUAGAAAGAAUGAAGACUCUCGGUUUUGGGCUGUUUAUCAAAUCGAAAAUGACGAAUGUGAAAUUUUCAUCUCCAAGAACGCACAGGGUCUGACCGGGACCAUUCUUCAUACCUUCUUGGCUGCAAAAGGAUUCUCUCGUCAUGCAUGUUUGGAAGCGGAAACCGCAUUCGCGAGAUGGUCGAACGAUCUUCCUUCAGAAAUCGGUCUUCCUCGCCGGCUGAUUCAGGAUAUUGACAAUCUCUGUCCAGAAGAAAGAAUAAUAUUACUCCAGCACCUAUCAAUUAAUGACUCUCAGGGUCACAUGUCGGACGCAAUAGCGUCUUAUAUUCGCACAAGGCUAAUGGAUGCCCCCUCCUUAGCUCAACUCAAGGAAAUCAACACCAUUCGGUACCUCGAACAAUCUGUCUCCGCGGAAGGUCUUGUCGAGAGCCGAAUUGGCUGGUACAGAGACCAAGGCUGCAAACAUGCCUCUUUCGAAGCUUCUGUGAAUCUCUUCCAUCAGGUUGAUCAGGUGUUCACUGAAAUUUUAAGAAACCACAGAGAAGAUGAUCUUGCUAUCAUAACGAAAGGACUCAGUGAACUGUUCCGAGACAGCCACGUUGAUCCAUAUGUUGAUAUGAUAGCUUUGGCGCUAUUCUGUACCGCGAGAAAGGGCGCCUUCGAUGAAAUUUACACUGAAGUGACAGACCGCAACCCCCUACUCAACAACCAGCCAGAUCAGGCCGCUUCAUUUGCUGAAUCAUUUGCACUUGGUUCCCGGUGCGAGGCAUACUUUGAUGUUUCCCCUAGUACCUUUGGAAAGCUGCUCUCCGAUCGAUUUCGGACACAUUACAAUGUCCACCAGCCUCCUAAUUGGAUCAACGGGGCACCGGAACUUGCGACCGCAUAUGCUGGAGCCCAGAUCGAUGUUGAUCCUGAUGAGAAAUCGAAGCCGAUAAGACCCUACCAGCGAUUUACGUUCUUAGGUGUAUUUGCCAUCCCCGCAUUGAUCGACAUCGUUCUCCUCAGUAUCAUCGGACGAGGCUUAUACUUGUCUGCCUAUAUGACAAAUGAAGAGCAAGGCAGUGCCACUGUAGCCUUGAUGAUUUCCCUGCUCUUAUCUGGGGCAAUUGGUACAUGGAUUGCAUGUGGAGGCCCAUACUACCUCAUAUCCAUGGCCUUUGCUGCUGCGAACAUGUUUGUUCUCAUCCGCUUGAUUGCCGGUAUCGCUUUCACUGUGGCUGGGGGUUUAAUUGGUUUCGUAGCCAUUUCUGCUGUCAAAACACCUCGUGCUGGUAUUGUUUUCUAUCUUUACCUUGUCGCUCUGACAGUCUAUUUCUCGACAUUUGCUUGUCUCGCAAGCUUCAGCUACCCAGGAUCCACAUUCCUCUCCGGUCGCAAGGCAAUUUUCAUGUGUAUACCGAUUUUGUUUUUGUCUCCAAUUAUCACGACAUUUGUCGGAAACGACUCGGCUAUUUACAUUGCUGUCUUAUACCUCUGUAUCGGCGUGUUGCUUCUCUGCCUGCGGUCCACGGCCUCCAAGUGGAUGACAUGGUAUCAAUCCAUUCGACGGACUGACGACAAUGAAAUCCGCAAAUGGUACAUUGCUACCUAUGGUAAUAAUAACGAAAAAGUCUUGAGCAACAUGCCUGAUCCGGGUGCACUCAAGUUGGCGAGAGAAGCUUUAUUGGGGGAUGUCACGUCGGAGAGAUCCCGUAAUUUUGUCUCCCGAUCAACGACGGAUCAAUUCGUUAAGGAACUAGCCCGGGAUUGGGAGUCCACCAACUUCCUUUUAGACUGGUAUUGCCGAUAUGCAGAUGUUCCAAAGCCCAUCCCGUUCAGUUCAAGCUGGAAUAUUCAAGCCAAAGUUGCAAUGGAGACCCUGCGCAGUUCUCAGAAAGGGCUACGACUGCACAACGCAUUUGUUCACUGGCGUCAAUCAAGCAAUGACAUCGGUUGUGGUGUUUUAUAUUUUGUGGUCGCUCUCCUUGACAAAUGGACGCAAUUACUGUGCCGGGGCCACCUCCUUGGCUUGACUGGGCCUUUGACUGAUAUCAAUCGCAAAGCAGCUGGCUUUGCAUUAGCUUAUUACCUGAUCGGCGCUAUUCUGAUUGAUACCAAAGCACAGGAGAUUCACGAGACCAUUGGCGGUCAAAAGCCCACUGCGAUCAAGACAGACGACGACAUCCACGCCUCACAAAAGAGAGUAGUGCGGUUCCGACGGAAAAUUUACGGACAGACCCUUUUCCAAUUUUUGCUGUGGCAUGUCUGGAGUCUUGCAGUCUCUACUGCCCUCCUGUGGACAUUCGAAACCUCUGUGGAAGGGAUGAUCGUUUUCUUUGCCUACGUUCUUUCUUACACAGGUCUCAUCUGGUACCAAUAUACCAAGAUAUUCGCUGGACCGUACGCUCUGAAACCACUUAUAGUUGGAACAUGCAUGGGAUUCCCAGUUGGAAUCGCUCUCAAAGUCUGCCUUCCCGAUUUCAGUUACUCAGAGAUCGUUGGCCUUGGAGUUGCGACUUGGUCUGCUGCUUUGUUGUCCUUCUGGAGCGCAAGGUUGGGUAUGCCUCCCAAGAGCUUGUCUCUUGUGAGACUCGGAAAGACCUUUCACGCAUUUACUGCUCCCUGGGCAGAUCCUGAGUGGUCCCAGCAAGAGCUGCAGAGUUUAUUUGACUCGAUCUUACUCUUACCUGAGGAUGAUCGAUUUGGUCUUGACCCGAUGGCCCACCCGGCAGUCGAGAUUAAAAGCGUACUUUUAUCUCACCAAAGAUCGGCCCGGGUAGAGGAUGCCUUCCCAAAUUCGAAGGCUAUUGUCGAUGAAAUCGUCUCCAGUUGGAACACAGGAGAAAUCUAUGUCGAACUAGUUCCGUAUGACUCCAUUGGUCCUGGAAUUCGAGCUUUAAGCUGCAAAGUUGAAGACCAACUCCUAAUAUUCAUCGGCGUUAACGGUCUACAUGAUCAGCAACUUGAUGUUCCCACCAAUUGCAGAAUUAUUGCAGAGACUUUGAUUCAUUCUUUUGUCGAGAUGACCAUGGGUAUCUCUCACGAGCACGCAGCGCUGGCCGAGGUAAUUGUCUCCGAGGGUCUACCACAGACCAUGGCUGCACAACUCCGUGGGGAAACAAAAACCUCCACCCCUAAGAAUUGGGCUAAGAAAGUGCUCCUCAAACACCUUUGUUUCGGAUUGGAGCCAGAUAUCCACUGGGAUAAUUUGUCUAUUGGGGUUCGAACCGCAUUGCUGGGCCGCUGCCUGAGCCAGCCUUGUAGCCUCUCUCUGAGCCAGCAGCAAGGUCUCAAAGAAAGCCUUUCCAAGUUUGGCACCGAUGAUCUCGAUGUUCACAUCGCAAGAUGCAAUCUCGGGGUGGGCACAGCGAUCAACAUCUUUGAAUACUCUCAACGUGAAAAAGGGAAGGCAAGCUUUGCAGGUGAUUCGAAGACUCCAGAAUAUAUCCAAUAUUUGUCCCGAGGUCUCCCAACGUUAGUCUCUUUGGUCUGCUCUCCGUUCAGCUUUAUCUAUAAUAAGCUUGGCUUGAUCAACAAAUUCAUUGUCAUUGCCUUGGUUGCUGAUCCUGAGUUCCAGAGGGAAUUUGAUCACGUCACUGAACCCUUACCAGUGGCUUUUCGCGUGCCAACAGUAUUUGUUUUGAACAUGUUCUGGGUUUAUUCCAAGGCCGUCCAGGACUUCUGUCUCUCCUAUUUCUUAUUUCACGGUCGUAAGAACGUGGAGCGACUGUGGGAGGAGAGCACAGGUGUCACUAUCCACAUUAAGAAAAGCCGAUUCAUCAUUCAAGGCCUUGAUGGAACUUUGACAGCCUUCAGACAUGAAAGUCACGAUGGUGUCUUCAAAAUUUAUCAGUAUGUGGGCAACCACAGGACCCAGCCCGAGGACGAGAAGGCGCUCAAGUUCCUCAGCACUUAUACGGAUGAGAUGCUGCUUCUCAGAAAGCAGGAGUUUAAAGAUGGAAUGCUGCUCAAGGAAUACCAUUUUGACCACCAAACGCCCUCAAAGAAGGGUGUCAAACUUGGCAAAGCUGCAGCUAUCCGCAUUCCAAUUGGACGACGUUGCGUGCAGGGCGAGAACAAUUUCAAAAGCGUUCAAUACAACCGGAAGGGUCUCAUCGAAGCUGGCUCGUACAUGAAAGAUGGCAGCCUUGUCCGAUUCAUGUAUCAUUAUCGAAAAAACCCUAGAUUUGGGGACGAGCUCCUCCGUGCUGAAUUCGUCAUGCCUCACAUAUCUUGCGAGGUUUUUUGGUGCGCUGCUCCUCGUCGCCAUGCCGAGAACGUUGAUCAAUGGAUCCCCCAUUCAAGACCAACUAAGGCAAAAUUCAUGCAAGGUGCCACUGUAUUCGAAAGUCGUUGGGCGUACGAUCACAAAUUUCAUCCCACAAUCGUCACCACUGUCAAUGGAACAAAUGUGAAAACACCUCCUAUGAUUGAACAUGAUCUCUUUGGUGUCCUCUCCAAGCCGAAAAACACAAGCUUUAUCCACGAUGAUCCCUUUUUACACUGUGACAGUUUGAAGCCGAAUGCUAUCCUUCGGGUGUUGGGGCUGACAAAGAAGCGUUUCACUGCUUCAACAUCUCGGGCUCGCUCUUUGAUGUGGAAAGCGUGGAAAGAGCGUGACGAAUUUGAUGGAGUAAUGCUUCGGUGGAUGGAUGAUCGCAUUCUGCGGCGAGAUAGAGUCCUUGCCCCUUAUUGGCGCAGUCGUGACUGGGGAAAUCUCGAUGCGGCCAAGGAAUACUUGACUCUUCAUGCAGAUAGUAUCAUGGCUAGUGCAGAUAUGGAUGGUGAUAUCUCCAGCUGGACGCCGCUGGCAGUCAAAAUGAGCGAUCUUUUCAGCUUUGGACCUGGUGGCGAUGCCGUUCUCACAACGCAAUCGGAGGAAUUUGCUUCCGACAGCGAUAGUGCCCUUCAUGUCAUGGCAGCCGACACUGGCACAUGGCCCAAUGAAGGUGGAGGCGUUUCUGCCUGUCGACGUGAUAUGGUCAAUUCGUUGCGCACCAUCAGGUGGCAUAUGCUUUGUGAAUCGGCGAACGACUUUGGUAUCCCAAAGCAUCAGACCGAGCAAAAUGUUCAGUCUCUGAAGAUCAUCCCACUCUGGGGAUUGGAUUUCCUCACUCCAACUCAUGGUCUAUUCCACAACAAGUUGGACUCGGAGGUGGACAAUGUUUCUAGGACAAGCGAGUUUGACAUCCGAAUGAACUUCAUUCCGAUUCUGGCGGCACUGGUGAAAGGAGCACGAGCGGUGCAUCUUUCCAUGGCUGAUGUCCACCAAGCUACCAGGGCACUUGUCAAUCUCAACACAUACUUUCAAGAGUCGCGUCACUGGUCUCAGGUCUGGAACAGUGAGCUUGUCAAACAGACUUGGCGUGACCUUUGGCUCACUCAAGAAAUGCCAAAUGUGACCCCUUCCACAGAAUGGUUCAACACAGAGCUUCCAACUUUGCCAUCUUUGGACGUUGCUCUCGAGCUAUGGUACCGGUAUCUUUUCAUUUUCUCCAUUCCAGUUCCUGAAAAGAUUCCCGAUGUUUUCCAGGCCUCACAUCACAGCGUGAGCGCUUCAUAUGGCGUGGUAUGUAAGAUCAAGAAAAAAUGUACUCUGCAAAUCUGGGAUCACGCUAUCGCCUGGCGAGAAACGAAUCUCUGCCUCUCAUCUGCGCUAUCAAAGCUUUCACCAUUUGUGCGAAAUGCUCUCCUUGGUCUGAUACGCAUCACAUCCGUUCUGGUCCUUCACCACGCGGAUGUCAUUCUUUCAUGUGCAGAUUUCUUCAACCCAGGCUGGGAGGUAGAGAUUGGAACCUGCCAGGGAAAAAUUGAGCAUCGUAACAAGUUCCGCCGCAAGGUAGACCCUGUCGUCAAUGGUAUCACGGACAUGCAGAAAUUCACCCCGGUGAAUGAAAUCAAAACCCAGCGCCCGACUGUGACGAUGUUGUCUCAUGUCUGGUAUGCCAAGGACAUCAAGACUGCUCUGCUUGCUGCCGAUAUCAUCAUCAACCAGUGGAAGUUUGAUGAUUACCACCUUGACAUCUACGGAGCCAUUGACAAGGCUCCAACUUACUCAACAGAGUGUCAAGAAAUAAUCGCUUCAAAAAGUCUCCGUGGCCGUGUUACUUUGCGCGGUACUGCAGAUCCCAUGAAAGUAUUGGAAAAAACAUGGCUGUUCCUGAACUCAUCCCUCUCUGAAGGUUUACCCCUUGCGCUUGGCGAAGCAGCUUUGACCGGUGCACCCGUUGUCUGUACCGACGUGGGUGCUUCACUCCGCGUACUUAGCGACCCAGAUGACUUUUCUCGUUUUAGUGCAGUGGUCGCACCGAAUGACGCUCUCGCCCUGGCAAAAGCUCAAAUUUCUUUAUUGGCCCUUCUGGGUGAAUGGAGUCAAUACAGUGGAGAUGGUGAGCCUGCGCCAAUUCUUACCUCAUCACCUACCCCUGAAGAGGUCGUGAAAAUCACCCGUCGCAUGUAUGAUAAAAGCCAGCAGCGUCGUGAAUUAGGCAUGAAGACUCGUCAGAUUGUGCAAAAGUCCUUCAGCGGUGCCCGAUAUCUCCGAGAACACGAACAGAUGUUGUGGAUUGGCAAAUCUACCACAACAAUGGCAAACCGUACAAUGGCGAUGAAUGACCUGGAAAUUAUCGACGAGGAAAUCAUCACCACUCCACUGAAGGCGAUUACCGAUAUAUCACUCGCCGGCCGCAAUCUACCGCCAUUCUACGAUGUAGCUCUUAGUUCGAGCAGUUCUCCCGACGAUAUUGAGCCUCUCAGUCGUCUGCCCGGUUUUUUCCCACGUCAAUUCAGAUUCCCAAUCAGGAAUAACUCUGGUAGAGAACCAGCCACAACGCUGAUGCCGCCUCGGAGCUUUAGGUCAUCUCUGUCUAGUCAGCUUCGGUCACAGUCCCACGCAGCCACUGUGUCAGAUGCAGGUCGCGAGCAAUUGUAUGGUCUGCGGCGGGAGGAUUUGAUGCAGUUCCGAAGCGCGGAUGUCAGUUUGAUUAUGAGCCAGGAUUUCCUACGCUCCGGUAUGCUUUGGAGUGGCUAG